AUGUCGGCAAGAUACGAUAGAGCAAUUACCGUUUUUUCACCGGACGGUCAUUUGUUGCAAGUUGAAUAUGCUCAAGAAGCCGUACGCAAAGGUUCUACCGCUGUCGGCGUAAGAGGCAAGGAUGUUGUAGUCUUAGGUGUUGAAAAGAAAUCCGUUGCAAAGCUUCAAGAAGAAAGAACAGUUCGAAAGAUUUGCCUCCUUGAUGAUCACGUCGUUAUGGCAUUCGCCGGUUUGACUGCCGAUGCCCGUAUACUUAUUAACCGCGCUCAAAUCGAAUGCCAGUCUCAUAAACUAACUGUUGAAGAUCCAGUUACUUUAGAGUAUAUAACAAGAUAUAUCGCCAGUCUGAAGCAGAAGUACACUCAAAGCAAUGGACGCCGGCCAUUUGGUAUCUCCUGUUUAAUUGGUGGCUUUGAUUAUGACGGUCAACCUCAUUUAUUCCAAACGGAACCAUCAGGCAUUUAUUACGAGUGGAAGGCUAAUGCUACUGGCAGAUCUGCUAAAACUGUUCGCGAAUUUUUAGAAAAGAACUACACCGCAGAUGAAGUUGCUUCUGAAAAUGGUGCUGUAAAGCUUGCAAUCAGAGCUCUUCUUGAAGUAGUUCAGUCGGGACAGAAAAAUCUGGAAAUUGCUGUUAUGAGACGCAACCAACCAAUGCAAAUGUUAGAUAUAGAUACUAUUAACUCUUAUGUGUCCGUCAUCGAAAAGGAGAAAGAAGAGGAGGCGGAGAAGAAAAAACAAAAGAAGUGA